CAGAAGCCCCACACGCACGAGUUGGAGCGACAAAGAUCGGUCCUCUUGUGCUAAUUAGAGUGAAACUCCAUUUCUACUCUAGUAGAAUCACAUAAACGUAGUUUGAAAGUACGAUCUUUAUGACACAAGCAUGGAGUCCGGAUUACUUGGGAGUAAAACGAUGUUGUUUUGGUGCAGUUGGCUUGUGCUGUCCUCAAGCGGAGCUACCAGUAAAACAUCCCAUUCUUUCUCUUCACUGAGCAUUUCCACCCCUCACCUUUACUGGACCUGUCCGGAAGGGGCAACUUUCAAACCUGACUGUGUCCAGACAGGGGUCCCCUUGGACCCCGCUGAUGUCGUAAAACACGCCUGGCUUUUCACGCCACAUAGUGACCAACACUGCAUGGGACCGUUGGGCCCGCGCCACAUGACGUACGGUCAUUCACAUGGAAACCACAGCUUGCCACCAGGGUUGAAAUUUGGAUAUUCAAAUAACAACCUCAGGAUGGUUCUACAGAACGUGACCAUUGCCGACCAAGGGCGAUACUGCUGUAUGGUCCUGGACUUUCAGCAGGACCAUAAACACAAUAGCCUUGUGCAGAGUUCCCACAGUCAUGUUGUACUCCAUGUGACACCACGAAGAAAUGGAUCUCAAGAAUGUACAGUCAUAGAUCUUAAACUACCUGGAGUGGCUGUCCCAGUGGCUGUGGCCAUAGCAGCCUGCAUCUUGGCUCUACUUUCGCUGCCUGUCAUUCUGCUACUUGUCUACAGACAGAGGCAGAACAGCCAUUCGAACAGACGUGCACAAGAGCUGGUGAGGAUGGACAGUGAAGCUCAGGGCCAUGAGAACCCAGUGUUUCUUGGGGAGUCACCAAAAGUGAAGACCCGUACCGUUGCGCAAAUUAUGACGAGGCAGUCCUCGGGGACAGGCCACCAUCUGUUAUCUGAACCAGGAACCCCCAUGUCUCCUGCUGCACAUGGGGAUGUUUUCUUUCCAGUAGAAGACACCAUCCCCGAGUCUCCAGACAUCCUUCUGCUUUAAAGAGGGAUGAGACUCCCUCCUCGCUGUAACUGCUGACCUGGAAACAGCUUUGCGACUUUUUCGUUUUAACCUCUGUGCCUCCGGAGCAAUGUUUCCCUUGGUCUGUCUCACAAUUGCCUCUGCUGGGAAUGUUGUCUGUGCACUGUGUUCGGUCUGUAGGAGGUAUUAGACUGACCGCAUUUUAAUUUCAAACACUCCUUCCUGCACCUGCAAAAGCUGGUGUCCAGAAAAAAGCUGUGAUUGUGAACUCCUGUGUUGCAGCAGGGUUGAGAGUACGUGUGUUAUGCCCCAUCUAAACUCUAACUACGGCUGUGGGUCCUGCUUUGUGCAAGGUUUCUAUGUCAGAAGGACAUAAAGUAAAUCAAAAUACACAGUUUAGACUUUCUAGUUUGGGUUGAUUUAUUUUAGUUUGUUAGGCAGGCUGACAUUUAAAGGUUUUGCCCAUCAAUGACAUGAACCAUUUUCAGCAGAGAACUUUUCCCAGCUGACUUCAGGAAAGAGGCAGGCUACACCCAGUUGAUUGCAGGGCAUGGUCACUGAAAAUGGAACAUUGGGUGAGAACUGAUCUCACACCAGAUGCCAGAAAGCUUACCGUGUUAACGCCUACAUCAAUAUGAAUGUACAAACAUCACAAGCUACUUUUUUUCCAGAUGGAAAAUUUCUAUUUGCGUGAUUUUGAAAAUUAAGGACUUGAAAUAAUGUUCCCUUAGUGGUCCAUGCAAAGUUCAUGUUGAAGAAUUAAAUCUUGUCAUGUUGUAAAUCUGCUCUAUGUUUCUGAUGAGUGAUAACACAAAACUGGAAUUCACCAUGGGGAAUACAUAUUUAGUUUCCUUUGGUCCUGAUCAGGUGAGCUGACCUGAAUAUGUGAAAGUGAAAGAGAGAUAUGCAAGUCCUGAAGCUCUGCAUCCUUUCUCAAUGGCCUCGGUUUCUUUUUACUGUUCUACAUCAGUGGACUGUCGGCUCUGCUCCAAAUACACAUUGCUUUUUAGUCACAAAUAGUGACGUUGGAUAUAAUCAAAAUUAGCUGAAAAUUGCAGUCUUAAUACAUUAUUCAGAACAAUCAUGUAUAGUUUGAUAAAUAGCCCAGAUUCUUUAUUAAAAAAAAUAAUAUAACAUUUACUGUCUUUGUACAGUUUGUCUGUGGUGGUGGAUUUUACUGUUUUUGUGAUAGAAUUUGAGCAUUGAAUUGUUUGAACAUAGCGUGGCUGUCUGAGUUACGUGUGGAUGAAUGACAGGAGAGAGAAAAUUUAGCUAUUGUGACUGAGAAAGAGUUGGUUUCUCACUGAGUGUACGGCAAGUACUCAAAGGAUAUUUUUUUGCAUGUUCAUAAAACAGGGUAUUCUGUAUAUACUGUAUGUCUGUUUUAUUUUCUUCAAGAUUCAUGUGGCCAAAGAAGAUUGUGCAAAUUUGCCCAUGUGUGAGUGAUAAGAUUGUUCUGUAUAUUUUUGUCCUUAAAUCAUACAGAUUGAUGUUUAAAUAAUAAAAAAUUUAGCUGUU